AUGCAGGCUAACGAAGUGACGGCCACAUGCAAAAUCAGGGAGUCCACGGCUAGCCAAACAUCCCCCGUGGAUUCAUGGUCUGCUUUGUUCCUAGGUGUGAAGGAAGCAGUGAAGUCUGAAAGCUUUAUUGCAGCAGCCCUUGGUGGAGAGGCUAACAUCUAUUGCAACUUCUCGCUCUCCCUGGAUGUCUUGCAAGUCACCUGGCAGAAGAGAAACGGGUCUACCUUCCAGAACAUAGCCACCUACAGUAAAACCUAUGGGCUGCGGCUGAUAGGGUCAUUUCAGAAGAAGGCGCGUUUCACUAGAGCAGCCCUGAAAGCCUCAGCCAUCACAAUCCAAAAUCUCACUUUUGAGGAUGAGUCCUGCUACAGAUGCAUCUUCAAUGCAUUCCCUGAUGGCUCUUACAGUAAAGAUAUAUGCCUCAACAUUCAGACAAUUUCUGAGCUAACAGUGGAAUUUGAGUCCCACCUGGCCACCAAGGAUCUUCUCACUGCAGUCUGCUCAGCAACAGGAAAGCCUGCUCCCAAUAUCACCUGGCUGAUAGAUGAAGACCUGUAUGAACCCCCCAAGAUACACUACAUCCAAAAUCCAAAUGGAACAGUAACAGUGGCAAACAGAUGCACUUUCUCUGCUAGCCACCUCCACAAUUUGUCUUGCCUCCUUGACCACCCACAGGGAAGGAAAGUGAAGACAUUUCCAGGAAAAAGAGGUAAACGGAAAAGCAUAGCCAUUGUGGUGACCUUCAUAGGUGUGAUCUCCACAGUAUUGAUAUUUUUCAUCAUCAGGCUAAUCUACAGAAAGAGGAAAAAUCUGCGGAGACCCAGAGCACCCAGCACACCUGCAAGGGAGAAAGGUUUAGAGCAGGAUGUAAGUGAGCAAGCCGCAAAACUGUGCACACCAAAGGACCAGCGCACUGCUUACCAAAAUGAGGAAGAGACACCAGGAUCUUGGCUUCGCAAAAGGCUACCACAUAAAAAGAGAAACUUGGAAGAGACCCCGAGGUACAGCCUCUCAUUUCCAGAGGAAGCAGAGAGCCCAGACGUGCUUCAGAGGGAACUUGCUGAGGUGUGCGAUAAGGAGUUGGGCUGCAUGCCCAUGGUGGAGCACAGAGAGGCAAAGGCAUGUGGGGAGCCUGAAUCAGGCCCUGACACCGCUGCUCCCCAGCCCAACACCGGACAGCCACCAGCCCACCAAAGCCCUGUCUCCACAAGCCCAGAGGAGCAAUGAGGCCUACGAGCAGGUGUGGAACCCAAGCUGAGGAUGCAGGGGAAAGGACAAUCUGCAUGGGCCCUCCCAGGUCUGUCCCCCAGGGGACCCUCAGCCCCAGAGUCCAGGCGUGAAAAUCAUCAAGAUGAGCCACCACUGGAGCACCUUUGGGACCGAGGGGUCACUGCCUUGCAGGGGUAUGGGACAUGCAAUGGGGUGCAGGGGAAAAGCAUUUCGGGUCUGUACAGGUUGUAUAUGGGAUAUUUAGGUGGGAGGAACUGAGGGUCGGAAAGGGAGGGAUUGGGGGAUUUGUGGAGGAAAAAGCAUGGGAAAAUGGAAGUAAAAUGUGUAAACAGGCAGCUGAUCAGGACACUUGUCUGGCCACGUUCUGUGCCUGAUCAGCACUGUCUGUCCUGUUUUCUUAUUAAAUGCUUUUCUAGUUCUUGUCCUGGGUAAGGAGCUCGUUAUUUGGUGUGCUUGUGUGCAUGGGAGUCUGGUGCCAGCAGCUAGGCUGGGACCAUGGUGCCAGCGACUGGA